CUAAGAAAGUAGGUUAAAGGAGAAAUCUAUAGAAAGUCUGAGUGUAGGGGAACAGCUUCAUCAUGACCUUCAUCGUUGCCUGUAUGUGUCCACAUAAGGAAAAGCUUGAAUCCUGGGACUGCAGCUUAUCUGAGUGCUGGAACACCUUGUGAUUCUCCUGAAACACUAAAAGUUGGCAGACCUAUGGAGCCGCUACAAGUCCAUCUCCCACUUGCCUUUUUAUAACCCUGAGAGUCUGUCAUGAGAGUGCUUCUUUUCAUCUCCCUGAUUACGAUGAGAUGUGGGGCUUUCAUGUGCCCCUACCCCAAAGAAUAGAGCUGCAGAACAUAAAACUGCCUAGCUGCAGUGUAGUUUGGGUUCUUCUAACUUGUGUUGCCAUCGUCCAGCCCCUUUUGUUUUGUUGUCCUUUUUGUUGUGUGGGACAAGAAUUCAGGAAGCCUAGUCUUUGGCUUACUCUUCUUUGUGUGCUACUAGCAAACUGUCCAAAUUUAAAAGUGCCUUGUAUCUUUUCCGGUCAGAUUAGCCAGGCUUUGGUUAUGUUAGUUCACUCAAUAGUAAGUAAGCUUCUUUUCUUUUUUGGUAAGCAUGAAAGGAAGUCACAUGGCUUAGCCAGCAAAAAACAAGCCUUUCUAAGUAUGAUAUUGAUAAUAAUAAAUUGCAUCUAACAGUUAUUGAGUUCUUACAUGUGCUGUUUUGUCUGUGUUUUACUGAGAUGAGAAAAUGAGACUUUAAGAUCACUUUCCCAAGGUCACACAACUAGUAAAUAGUAAAGACAAUAUUGUGACCCUAGGACCCUGAUUCCUGAGUCCCUUAUUAAAAUCAUACUGUCCUGCAUAUCUGGAUACUUGAGAUACACACAGACACACACGUGUGUGUGUGUUAAUGUGUUUUGUGUGUACAUAUAUGUGUGUGUCUUUUUACAAAUCAGUAUUGUAUCAUGCUUUCAUAUUAUGUUAGUGGUAAUUUAUUAGUCUUAAAUACACAAAAACUAGUUUACUGUAAGGAUCUAUUACUAUAUGGUUCCUAUUUAUAUAAAAGUGAAACAAAUGAAUAACUCAUUAAUUUGAUUUUUUUUUAAGUUAAUUUUUGAGAGACAGAGAAUGGGGGAGGGGCAGUGAGAGGGGGACAGAGGAUCUGCAGCAGGCCUCAUGCUGUGAGCACAGAGUCAGAUGUGGGGCUGGAACUCAUGAACUAUGAGAUCAUGACUUCAGCCGAAAGCAGGAGUUGGCCGCUUAACCGACUGAGCCACCCAGGCGCCUCCAUUUACUUGAUUUAAAAAUCAGCAAUUCUGCAAUACUUUAUGGGGCACAGGAUUUCAGUAGUACAGAGUGGAUUUCUUACCUAGUAGUGAGAAAUGGUGCAACCCAGAAAGCAGAAUACCUUUUAAGUAGUCAAGAAAUUCACUUCAAAUGCAGUAGCUUAUUGAUAAAUAAAAUUAUAUUUAUCAAGAACUUACUGGUAAACAAUAUUCUAAGCACAUUAUAUGUAUAAGCUUAUUUAAUCUUUGAAACAUCUCUGUAUAAUUAAUAAUAAUAAUAUAGUUAUUGAGUAACUUUUACCCCUAGGUUAUUUUACAUGAUAACCUUCAGAUUUCUUUCUCUUCAGACUCAACAUCCUCAGUUCCAUUACCCAUGAGACAUGAUUUGAAUUUCUUCUCUUUGUCAGGUGUUAUACUUUGUUUAGCUCCCUUUUAAAGGAUGGUAUCCAAAAUCUAUACUCUAGAUGUAGUGUGACAUUUGCAGAGCAAAGUGAGAAUGUCUCUGUUAGUUCUGCAUAUUAUAGUUCUAUUAUUGCAACUUAAAUGUACAUAAGCUUAGUGUACUAAAAUAAUAUUAAAAUUAAAACCCCUGAGCCCUUUAAACAUAUCCUACAAAUGUAUCUUUUCUCUCUUAAGCUAUACUUAUGUAGUUGUUUUGUAAUUCAUUAUAGAAUCUCAACAUUUACCCUCUUAAAUUUCUUGUUAGAUAUCAGGUGUUUUUGGAUCCUUGAUUUGUUAACCACUGAUUUUGCUGUCUUUGGAAGCUUCAUGUCACCUGCAGAGUUGAAGGGAAUGCCCAAGUAUCUUCUUCAUUUUGGCCUUACAGCAUGUUCUAGAAGCUUUCCUCCAGAUAAACCUCAUUCCAUGAAGAUGGACCACACAUCCCCGACCUACAUGCUUGCUAACUUAACCCACUUACAUUCUGAACAACUUCUGCAGGGCUUGAAUCUUCUUCGUCAACAUCACGAACUCUGUGACAUCGUUCUUCGAGUAGGUGAUGUUAAAAUCCAUGCUCACAAAGUGGUACUUGCCAGCAUCAGCCCAUAUUUCAAAGCUAUGUUCACUGGAAACCUUUCUGAAAAAGAGAACAGUGAGGUUGAGUUUCAGUGCAUUGAUGAAACUGCUCUCCAGGCCAUUGUGGAGUAUGCCUAUACCGGGACUGUUUUUAUUUCGCAGGACACAGUUGAAUCUCUCCUUCCAGCAGCAAACCUACUCCAGAUAAAGCUUGUCCUAAAAGAAUGUUGUGCAUUUCUUGAAAGCCAGCUUGAUCCUGGUAAUUGUAUUGGAAUUUCUCGUUUUGCAGAGACAUAUGGUUGUCAUGACCUUUAUUUGGCAGCUACUAAAUACAUAUGCCAGAAUUUUGAAGCCGUUUGCCAGACUGAAGAGUUUUUUGAACUUACACAUGCUGAUUUGGAUGAAAUUGUUUCCAAUGACUGUUUGAAUGUAGCUACUGAAGAGACUGUUUUUUACGCACUUGAGUCUUGGAUCAAGUAUGACGUACAAGAACGUCAGAAAUACUUAGCACAGCUACUUAACAGUGUGAGAUUACCAUUGCUGAGUGUUAAGUUUCUUACUAGACUAUAUGAAGCAAAUCAUCUUAUUCGUGAUGAUCGCACUUGUAAACAUCUUUUGAAUGAAGCCCUAAAGUACCACUUUAUGCCUGAACAUAGACUUUCUCAUCAGACAGUCCUGAUGACACGACCUCGCUGUGCUCCCAAAGUACUUUGUGCAGUAGGAGGAAAAUCUGGACUAUUUGCCUGUUUGGACAGUGUGGAGAUGUACUUUCCUCAGAAUGACUCUUGGAUUGGUUUGGCACCCCUAAACAUUCCUCGCUAUGAAUUUGGAAUAUGUGUUUUAGACCAAAAAGUGUAUGUUAUAGGUGGUAUUGAAACUAAUGUGCGUCCUGGCAUCACUAUCAGAAAACAUGAAAAUUCAGUAGAAUGCUGGAAUCCUGAUACAAAUACCUGGACUUCUCUCGAGAGAAUGAAUGAGAGCCGAAGUACCCUUGGAGUAGUAGUACUUGCAGGAGAACUUUAUGCAUUAGGUGGUUAUGAUGGACAAUCUUACUUACAAUCUGUAGAGAAGUAUAUUCCUAAAUUAAGAAAAUGGCAACAUGUGGCACCAAUGACUACAACAAGAAGUUGUUUUGCUGCAGCUGUGUUGGAUGGAAUGAUAUAUGCCAUUGGUGGGUAUGGUCCUGCCCACAUGAACAGUGUGGAGCGUUAUGAUCCAAGUAAGGACUCCUGGGAGAUGGUUGCAUCUAUGGCAGAUAAAAGGAUUCACUUUGGUGUGGGUGUCAUGCUAGGCUUUAUUUUUGUGGUGGGUGGACAUAAUGGUGUCUCACAUUUGUCAAGCAUUGAAAGAUAUGACCCUCAUCAAAAUCAAUGGACUGUGUGUAGACCAAUGAAAGAACCCAGAACAGGAGUUGGUGCUGCAGUAAUUGAUAACUACCUUUAUGUAGUCGGCGGUCACUCAGGGUCUUCCUAUCUGAAUACUGUGCAGAAAUAUGACCCUAUUUCAGAUACGUGGCUGGAUUCAGCUGGCAUGAUAUACUGUCGCUGCAACUUUGGAUUAACUGCACUUUGACAAGUGUGGAUUUGUGGAAAUAGUGUGGUAAUGAACCUUGUGCCGCAUGAAAGGAUGCCCAAUUUUCUGAAAUCCAAAAGCUACAUUACUUUCUUAUUAACUUGAAAUGGCAUGAAGACUCAAAGUUCUCUUGGGUACUCUGAACUGAUAAAGUAGCUUUGGUUGCUCUUGAUUACAUAGUGAAUCAAUAAUUUAAAAAAAAAAAAAAGAACUUGCCAAUUUAAUUGUGCACUUUUUCCCUCCUAAUACUGGGAUAGAGUCGUUUUAUGUUCAUAAGUGUACAUGUGGAGAAAAUCUUGCUGCUUAAAAAAAAAAAAUUUAGCUCUCCCUCUUACUUAAUAUAUGCACCAUGAUUUCCUAGGAUGAGAGAUGCUUCAGUGUUGGAGUGUAUUGAAUGACUAGACAGAGCGCUGAUACUGUCUGUUGGAUAUUAAUUCAUAUGCUUCACAUUUUAAAUAAAGGGCUGCUUUUUUGAGGGGGGUACUGUUAAGGGUUGUAAAUUAUAUACCAUAGUGAGUCAUCUGGAUACUCUUCCUACUAAAUGGCUUUAGGAAUGGGGAUAUAAGAAGUUUGUAGAACAAAUGCUUUUACUAUCAUGAUAUUUGGGGGCUCAUUUUAAGAAGGCAGAUAUUUGCUCUUUAUGCCUUCUUUCUAUGGGCAGGUUAAGGCUGGAUGAAUUUAGCUACCCACCUGUGCUAUACUAAGUAUGGAUAGAAAAAAUUAAGCAUAUCAGUUUCAGUUUUUUUGUUAUUUCCGUAGUACAGCAGGCUUCCCAGUGUUGAUGUAAAUAUUUGACAAAUGUUCAGUACAUUCUAAGUACAUACUGAUUUUUUUUCAUAUAUCCUUAUAAUCAUUUUAGUUUUUUAAGACCUUUGGUUGCUUUUUCAAAGUGUUCAGAUAUAAAAAUGGUGCUAACUGUAGGAUAUAUAACAAGGCUAUAAUGUUCUUUUGAAUGUUCAGUAUGAGAUAUGCAUGAUAGUAUUUUUUGAUAGUAUUUUUUCUUUUUUUUUUUUUUUUUUUUUUUUUUUUACUGGCUUGGUUCAUUUGUGCUUAUUAAAAGUGUUAGCAGUUAUGCUAAUGUUAACAUCCAAGAGUCAUCUAAAUGGCCUGUUAUACUUUUCAUGGUUCCUGAAUAGUGAUUUAAAGAAAGAUGCAUUUUUUAAUCUUCUUUCUCCUUGUGCUAGAUAUUAUAUGUCCUUCUUAAAAACAAAUAUAUGCAUUAAAUAUGAAGCACUAGGCAGUUAUGCAUUACUUUGUACACUUCUUAGGUAAUUGAAUAUUUUACAAAGUUACUGAGGAAAACUGGAACUCGAUGUUUACUUGAGUAAUGGUUCUAAAUUUGGUUCUACUUUGACUAAAGAAACAAGCAAGACUGUUUGCUAUAGCCAGUGAUAGUUUAUUUAAAAUUAGUGGUUAGCUCAUUUUUAGCAUGUUUUAGUAAACACCUGUCAGUCUUGAACCUAUUACUUUGCAUUUUAUUAGGAUGUUGGUACUUGUAUUUUUGGUACUGUAGUUGUGUUGUUUUCUUUUCCUUCAUUUUUUUUUUUUUAACCUGCCUGCUAUCUCUUUAUAGUCUCUGCAAAACCAGUGUACAUUUGUUUUCUAAGAAAAAAUUCAUACUGCAUUCUUAAGUGCCAUAAUAUUCCAAACUAUUGUUAAGAAGCCAUUUGUAAUUAUAAAACAUAGGUUCAUUCAUUAGCAAAUAUGUUAUUUUUUGGAAACUAUUGCCUGGCAAUUUGCAGUUUUUCUUGUUCUUCCAUAAACUGCCAGUGUAGAUUUAAAUACAUAGUGCAAAACUACAUAAAAUCACCUUUAAUCAUGUAAGUAGUAUGCUUUAUGAAUAUUUGCACAGAUUAUAAAACCUUGCAAGUGAUUUUUUAGUCUCUUACAAUUAAGAACUCAACAGAAGUUACUAAUAAAAUUGACAGGCUGAGUA